AUGAAGUUCCUCGCCUUGACAACCACCAUCUUUGCCGCGGCUAAGUCUGUGUGGACCCGUGGGAGCCCGUUUGCCGUACUGUCGGCUUUGUGGGCGACUAAUCAUGAGGGCAAGUAUAUCAUCGAGGCAGAGGGUAUCCGGUUAGCAUUCACCAAUCAUGGGGCGGCCGUGACCAACCUAUGGAUCAAUAAUACCCGUGGAGAGGAAAUCGAUAUUGUAUUGGGUCUUGAUAACGGUGAAGACUACGCCAAGCUGACGUCCAAUCCAUAUCUGAACGGCGUCAUAGGACGGUACGCCGGCUACUUGAGUAACGCCAGCUACGAAGUAGACAAUGUCAAGCGCAAGGUAUGGCCCAACGCACACAAUGGCACCUCCACCUUCAACGGCGGCGAUGAAGGUUGGGGACGACAAACAUGGGACGUCGCCGUGCACAUCAACAAUAGUAUCACAUUCCUAUUAUUCGACCGCCAAUGGAACGGCUUCCCAGGCGUCUUCGCCUCAUGCCUCACCCACACCGUCACGCCUUACGAGUGGCGCAUCGCCUUCGGAGUCACUCCUCUCCUUUUUGCCGGACCCAUCAACCUGAGUCAGCAGGUAUUUUUCAACCUCGACGGCUUUCGCCCCUCUCUGGCAUCUACGUCCUUGACGUCGAGGGGUCCAAACAGCAACACGUCGUGGACGCAGGCCCAGAGAUCACCGACCCACCGGCUUCAACUGCCCUCAUCGGGAAUGCGGUUUGCAAUGGAUCCGCAGGGAAUCCCGACGGGAGAUCUUCUGAGCAAUAGAAAAGGGAGCGAAUACGAUUUUUGGUCGUCCGCGAAAACCACCAUGAAUGGCUCGCGCGGGUUGGACGACGUCUUUGCCAUUUCCCACACUCACCAAGAGCACAAGAUGAACAGCCCCGCCGCCAUCCUCUCGUCAACACAUUCCGGGAUCAGCAUGUCGCUCUACACAGACCAGGACGCGUUACGCGUGCAUACAUGGGAGGGGAGCAAUGGUAAGUAG